AGAUUUGAUUGAUUAGUUUAUCGUCCACUCGUCUCCGUUUUGGCGGUUAAACGGACGAUGCCGGUAAUCUGCGCCUCCUUCUGCUUAACCUGCGCACCCUUUCCUCUCUGGGUCUCUCUUCUUCUGUCUUCAAAUGCUCCACUCUCAUUUAGUUACAAACCAUGUUCUUGCAAUUUUGCAGUUGCUCCAAGGAAUUGGAGAUCUGGAUCCUUAGUUUUAUCAAAAACAAGAGUGUUGGAGUCUGAACGUCUACUUUCGAGUCACAUGGUUUCUCCAACACUGAUAGUUAAUAGCAAGAAAGAUAUGACAUUGAGCUCAGUUGGGGGUGGCCCGCAUCCUAGGGAGAACCUAGCAAAGGAUAACUUGGAGGAAAGUAACUCAGUUGAAAUUCAGACAAUUAGGGAUGACCAUUCUAGACUGGAAACAAUGACAGUGCAGGAGCUCAAAACAGUUAUGAGGAGUGUUGGGAUUCCUACUAGAGGUCGUAAGUGUGAUCUUCAAUCAGCCUUAAAGUGCUUCCUGGCUGAGAAUGAUGAUGCAUGUGCAGGUCAAAGUUCAGUAGCGGAAGCACAUUCGAUCGCUGUGAGAACGCCAGUACCUUCUAAUGGCUCUCCAUCAAAAAGGAAGCUUAUUAACCCAUCUGGUGAAGACCAGGUUCAAAGCCCGAGUACUGUUUCAAAAAUUUCAGGAAUUCGACAGUCUAAGAGAAGGGUAAAAUCACCUUCGCUUGAGGUUGCCAGUACUGAAGUCAAUUCUAAAUUUUCUACCAAAAAACAGAACUUGCCAAUCAAAAUUGAUGGACAUACAGGUAAGAAGCUCCCUGGAGUAAAAGGAAAAGCUUCACAUAUUUGUGAUGAAGAUGAUAGAGCCAUUAAUGGAGUCGAUCUGUCCAUCAAUCCUAGUGAACCAUGGACAAUGUUUGCUCAUAAGAAGCCGCAGCCUGGUUGGGUAGCGUAUAAUCCCAGAACCAUGAGGCCUUCUCCUUUAACUAAUGAUGUACCAUUUGUGAAGCUAAUGUCUUGGAAUGUUAACGGCUUAAGAGCUUUGCUGAAACUGGAGGCUUUCUCUGCUCUUGAACUUGCAAAAAGGGAAAAUUUUGAUGUGCUGUGCUUGCAAGAGACCAAACUGCAGGAGAAGGAUGUUUUGGACAUCAAGCAGUCUCUUCUAUCUGGCUAUGACAACAGCUUCUGGACAUGUAGUGUCUCCAAGCUUGGGUACUCUGGUACUGCAGUUAUCUCUCGGAUAAAGCCACAGUCAGUCACAUAUGGGCUUGACAAAGCUGAUCAUGAUAGUGAAGGGAGGCUUGUGACAGUGGAGUUUGACUCAUUUUAUUUGAUAUGUGCAUAUGUUCCAAAUUCUGGAGAUGGAUUGAGAAGGCUGACUUACAGGGUUACACAAUGGGAUCAGGAUCUUAGCAACUACAUAAAAGAACUAGAAAAAUCAAAGCCUGUCAUGCUGACUGGUGAUUUGAACUGUGCACAUCAAGAGAUAGAUAUUUACAACCCUGCUGGAAAUAGAAGGAGUGCUGGAUUUACAGAUGAAGAAAGGAAAUCGUUUGAAACAAACUUCUUAUCUAAAGGUUUUGUGGAUACCUUUAGGAGGCAACAUCCGGGUAUUGUUGGCUAUACCUACUGGGGUUAUAGGCAUGGAGGGCGUGCCAACAAUAGAGGUUGGCGGCUUGAUUACUUUCUUGUCUCAGAAUCCAUGGCGGACAAAGUUCAUGACUCUUACAUUCUUCCAGAUGUUGUAGGCAGUGAUCACUGUCCUAUAGGCCUCAUUCUGAAGCUCUAGGUAAAUUUAGUGGUGGUUCCUUAAGUUUUCUACCGGUCUUGUUUUUGAUAAUUGCAUUCCUGUAAAUUGCAAUCAUGAAAUGGCCACUCAAAUAUCAGAAGUGCCAUUUUGGGGUCUUCUGGCGAGUGGCAGGAACUAUUUAGUCCAAAGAUGGUGCUUUUCCAAGUCAAUAUUGACAUGUAAAUCUAAGUCCCGCAUUUGAGAAUCAUGUGAGAAUCAUGGAGGUUGCAUUUUGGUGCCUGUCUAAACUGGCCGAGAUAGUAUGUAUUCACUCAUCUUUGGUUAAUUUAAAGUUUGUAUAUUGAAGAGAAAUAUAAGCAUUCAACUCUUUUCCUA